CACAUACCCUCCCUCACAGACUGCCAGGGUUCUGGCUGACACUUCCUCCAGACCAGGUCCAGCUGCAGUGCUGCACCCCACCCCCAGGGGGGCUGCUGAGCUGCAUUGUCUGGGGUGGGGGUGAAGCUCCCUCUGUCUCCACACACGCAGCACACACCUCAAAGGCCUAGCCCGAGCCUGGUCUAAUCCACUCGACCGUUUCCCCAGCCAGUGUCUCCUAUUCCCUGCCAAGUCACCAGUACAGCAUGGGCAUGUUGGGUUGAAGGGCCUGUCUCCAUGCUGUAUGACUGUGUGACCCGGCGUGGGGCACCGACCAUCUCCUUCCCCCCAUUCUGUGUUGGUGUCCUGUCAUCGUUAUGCUGCCUUGUCCCAGACCCUUUAAUGUUUGCUCCGGAGGAGCCUGGACACUGGUGGGAGAUUCAGUGUGGAAUCCAGCAUUGGUUUACGAUGCCCAACACAACCAGAGGCAUCAGGCCCCAGCUCACACCCCGUCCAGAGCUCUGGCACCACUCACUGCUAGCUGUGUCUGCAGCACACGGCUGUGGGGUUCAGACCAACUGACCAGCAACAGUGUCAGUGUAGAUGGGGCCUGGUACUCAAGGUGAGGCUCUGUGUGACCAGUGCCAGUGUACACAGGGCCUGGUGUUCAAGCUGGGACUCUGUGUGACCAGGAACAGUGAGUGUACACGGGGCCUGGUACUCUAUGCACUUGCUCACGUUCCAGAGGGUCAGGGCUGGACUCGGACAUCCAAAGCAACAGACGCUUGUAAUCCCGCACAUGGGGCAAGGGCGGACGAGAACUUCUACCUUUUUAUACCGGUUAUCUCCCCUCUUUCCAGUCCUGAUGAAGGGUCCUGACCCGAAACGUUGACUGUCCAUUUCUCUCCUCAGAUGCUGCCCGACCCACCGAGUUCCUCCAGCUGUUUUUGUGUCAGACCACAAUGGUAGCCCCUGUAAUGGGGGGAUGGGGGGUUGGGGGGUGGAGAAAGGAGCUACAGCAUUGAAAUCCUUGCGUCCUGUACUGCUUCCCCCUCUCGGAAUACCAACACGAGGCAGUGAACAGAUUGGAUCAGACACUGGCAGUACAGAGGUGCCACAGUUACUGCUCAGAGCUGGGGUGGUUCACGGACACACAACUCCCACUGACACCGACCACUGCCAUCCCUCAGCACGGGACAGAGCCACUGCUGGGCAGCUCCAUCCACACCCCGCGCUGCCAGUGUGGGGCAGGCUACACGAGGCAGCACCCUGUGCGCUGACUGAUGGAGAGCAGCCGGGUAUUAGUGGAGUGCACCCUGGCCCUCAUCAAACCAGACGCUGUGGACAAAGAGAUCGAGAUCGAGGAGAUCGUUCUACAGUCAGGCUUCUGUAUACUCCAGAGGAGGAAGCUGCAGCUGAGCCCGGAACAGGCCAGUGAGUUCUACAGCCAGCACAGCGGGAAGAUGGUGUUCCCCAGCCUCACCACCCACCUGUGUUCUGGGCCCAUUGUGGCCUUGCUGCUGGCCAGGGAGUCUGCCAUCACACACUGGAAGGAGCUGCUGGGCCCAGCCGACAGUGAGAAGGCCCGGGAAACACACCCCACGUGUUUAAGGGCGAUUUACGGGACAGAUAAGGUUCGGAACGGACUCCACGGCAGCGACUGCUUCAACAUGGCAGAGCGAGAGAUCACCUUCAUCUUCCCCAACACAAAGGUCGAACCGUUCCCCAGCGGACAGGCAGCGGAGGAUUAUCUCAGCAAGUACGUGAACCCCACCCUGCUCCAGGCACUGACCCACAUCUGCAAACUGAAGCCACACAACCCUGUUGUCUGGCUGGCUGACUGGUUGUUAGCAAACAAUCCAAACCGGCCCUCGGUGCAGGAGAGCAGUGUGAAGGCAAGUCUGGAGUGUGACUUCUGACUCCAGCAGUAUUCCGAUUCAGGAACCGUUGCCAGCUGGAGCACAUGUUACUGCAGCCAACAUUUCCCAAAAACCCUAAAUUACAAUGGCCAGUAAAUUACUUGAGUUAA